UGUCGCUUCACAGCAGUUACCUCGUGGUGCUUUAUGAUUUAGGACCUAUAAUACUAGUGAGUUUUACUAUCGACAGAGAAGAUAGUGAUUACAAAACAUUUUGUUUUUCUCUAAUAGACUGUUUAUCUCCGUGAUGGUUCGUAGGCAUUAGAAUCAUUCGGGAAAGAGAUGAGAGGAGUUGUUGUUCUGUCUAUUCUGUAAAUACGGUUGUAUGCUUAGACAAGUUCGCAGAUAUGACGAAGAAAUCAAAUCACAAAAAUGGGCUGGGUCGUGCCCUCAUCAAGGACCGGAUACAAAAGGGUGCCAGGCCGGAAAGUUUUCGGCAUACAACAGAAAUGAAGGAUGGCUACGACUGGUCAACGAAUAUGACUUCAAUCACAGAGCAAAACAAUCUCGACGAGUUCCUUGCCACGGCAGAACUCGCUGGAGCGAACUUCACCGCAGAAAAGCUUAACGUCAGGGUGGUGACAGAUUUGAAGCCUUCUGGGGUGUUGUCUGAAGCAGAUCUCAAACUUCAGAAGAAAUUGUAUGAUCUACAUCGAAACUCGAUAAGGGUACCCCGGCGGCCUCAGUGGAACGCCCGGACUACGGCAGAGGAACUGGACGCUAGUGAACGUGAAGCGUUUCUCGUAUGGCGAAGGGAACUUGUUCGAGUACAGGAAAUCGAGGGUAUACAUAUGACCCCCUAUGAAAAAAAUCUUGAGUUUUGGAGGCAACUUUGGCGCGUCGUGGAGCGAUCAGACAUCGUGGUGCAGAUUGUGGAUGCGAGGAACCCUCUGCUAUUCUUCUGCGAGGAUCUUUUUACUUACGUGAAAGAGAUCUCCCCUCACAAAAAGUGCAUGGUGCUUUUUAAUAAAAGUGACUUUUUAAAUGAAGACCAAAGGAGACAUUGGGCAGAGUACUUCAAAAAAAGAAAUGAUGGCCUCAAAGUCGUUUUCUUCUCGGCCCUUGGUGAAGCUAUCGUCAAGGAUGACGGCAAAGACAAUAGCGACGAGCAUCUUUCGGAUGAGCUGUUACGCCUGACGAUUGAAGAGUAUUCUGCAACACUAUGGUCGAAAGAACAGUUGGUUCACUUGUGUCGCACUUGGCAUACGGGCGUCAAGUACAAACAGGGAUUCACUACUGUUGGUCUUUGCGGAUAUCCAAAUGUCGGCAAGAGCUCGACUAUUAAUGCAAUCACCAAAUCGAAGAAGGUAUCGGUAAGCAGCACUCCUGGGAAGACAAAGCACUUUCAGACAAUCCACCUGUGUAAUGAUCUCAUUCUCUGCGAUUGCCCCGGUCUUGUGUUUCCGAACUUUGUUUCCAGCAAGGCAGAAAUGGUUAUAAAUGGUAUACUUCCAAUUGAUCAGUUACGGGAUCAUGUGCCGCCAGUGUCGUUGCUCUUGUCGUUGAUUCCACGUCAUGUGCUUGAGGACACAUACGGUAUUUGUAUACCCAGACCUCGAGAGGGUGAAGAUCCUGACCGGCCGCCUACCAGCGCUGAAUUUCUUAAUGCCUACUCCUACAAUCGGGGCUUUAUGACCUCUUCGGGACAGCCUGACAAUUCGCGUGGAGCGAGGUACAUUCUAAAAGACUACGUCAGUGGAAAGCUGGUAUACUGCAUUGCGCCACCUGGUGUCGAUCAGGCAUCAUUCCACGAAUUUCCCCAGCCUCGGCGGGCUGGGCCCUCCACAAUGUUACCUUCUGACAUUCGGAUGACUAUGGGACGCGUACUAGGAACUGACGAAAUUGACAAGAACUUUUUUGCAAGCGAAACUGUUGGCGUAGGGUUCAAGGGACGACAUCUAGUCAGAUCCGGUCUAACCGCAAGUUCCGGCUCGAUGCUGGGUGCAAAGAAACAUUUCAACAGGAAUAAACGAGAAAAAUUAAGACGGUUGUAUCAGCAUAAAGACGCUUAACGGCAACAGGCAACUCGGUUGCGGUAUAAAAGUGCUAUGUAGAUCCGCGUCUAGUUUUUUUGUUACAAUAAAAUACAUUACGCCUAAC